GCAAGGAUGCCAACAGAUUAUGUGUUUGUGUGCGUGUUUUAAUUUUGUGAAAAAGCAUAACGUAUAUUUCGUUUGCAGUUGUUGAUGAUUUAAUGACAUAAAAAUUAUGAUUAUGUAUUCUGUGGUAUAAAUAGUGGAGUAAUAAUUUGAGAUGGCAAGGAUUUCAAUUUGAUCAGUUGUAAAACAAAGGAUUAAUUAUGGAGAAAUUAGAGCAGUGUAAUUUCAAAGCUGAUACGCUGCUGAAAUAUGGAACAGACAUGACCGAUCUGGCCAAGACGGGGAAGCUUGAUCCGGUGAUCGGAAGGGAGGAGGAGCUGCAGCGGCUGACCCAAGUUUUGUUGAAGAGGCGGAAGAACAAUGCUUGUCUUGUUGGUGAUCCCGGCGUCGGCAAAACUGUUAUAGUCGAAGCUCUUGCUGCCAAAAUUGCAUCCGCUCAAGUUCCUCACAAACUCACCCAAAAAAAGGUAUUCUCAAUUGACAUAGGUCGUCUUAUCGGUGGAUCCUCAAAUCGAGGAGAAUUUGAAGAAAGAUUAAUAAAUUUGGUGGAUGAAGUCCGGAGGAGUGAAGGAUCAGUGAUAAUAUUCAUCGAUGAGCUCCACACUCUUAUCGGCGCGGGAGCUACUUCCGGAAAUGCCCUCGACGCUGCCAACAUUCUCAAACCGGCUCUCGCUAGAGGUGACCUCAAGUGCAUCGGAGCAACGACGGUGGAAGAAUACAGGAAAUACAUCGAAAAGGAUGGGGCAUUAAAACGCAGGUUUCAGGCUAUUGAGGUAGCGGAACCACCCAGGGAUGAUGCCCUUGGAAUACUGGAGGGCCUAAUUCACAAAUAUCAAACUCAUCACGGCGUUCACUACACUCCAACCGCUCUUAUCUCUGCUGUUGAUUUAUCCAAACAAUAUGUUACCGAACUCGUUCUUCCCGACAAGGCCAUCGACUUGAUCGACGAGGCCGGCGCAAGAGCGCAGAUGCUCGGCAAAGACAUGGUGACGCCGGCGGAGAUAGAGGAUGUCUUAUCCAUGUGGACCGGAAUUCCGCUCACAAAAAUCUCCGCUCAAGAAUCCCAGCACCUUCUGCUCCUCGAGGACAAUCUGAAUCGCACUCUCAUCGGCCAGCACGAGGCCGUCGGCGCCGUCACCCGCGCCAUCCGCCGAGCUCGCCUCGGCAUCAGGGACGAGACCAAGCCGAUCGCCUGCCUCUUCUUCACGGGCCCCACCGGCGUCGGCAAAACCGAGAUGGCCAAGCUGCUCGCCAAGGAGUACCUGGGCUCCAGAGAGGCCAUGGCGCGCCUCGACAUGAGCGAGUACAUGGAGGCGCACUCCGUGUCGCGCCUCAUCGGCUCUCCCCCGGGCUACGUGGGCCACGACGACGGCGGCCAGCUGACGGAGCUGAUCCGCCGCCGGCCUCACUGCGUGGUCUUAUUCGACGAAAUCGAGAAAGCGCAUAAGAAGGUGUUCAACUUGCUGCUUCAGAUCUUGGAUGAUGGGAGGCUGAGCGACGGCAAGGGCAAGACGGUUGAUUUUAGGAACACCAUUGUGAUACUGACAUCGAAUGUGGGAAGCAGUCGGAGUGAAGUGAAGGAUGUGGUUGGGGAAUUGAAGGCGCAUUUCAAGGCGGAGCUGCUCAACAGAUUGGACCAAGUGGUGGUGUUUAAGCAGCUGGAGAAGAUGGAGGUGGAGGAGAUUCUAGGAAACAUGGUUGAUGAAUUUUGUGAGAGAAUUGCAGAGAAGAAGAAGAUAGAGGUGGGAGUUAGCGAGGGGUUGAAGGAGAAGUUGAUGAGUGAAGGGUACAACAAGAUGUAUGGAGGUAGGGCGCUGAAGAGGGCCAUCACGAGGCUUCUUGAAGACAACUUGGCGGAUACAAUGUUGAAUGGGAAAGUGAAAGAAGGCGACCAUAUUUUCAUGGAUGUUGAUCAACAUGGGGAGGUCAUCGUAUCAUUGUGUUAGUUUACAACACUUACAUGGAUAUGGUGUUUUCUUUUUCAUGGAUAAUAAUAAUAAUAAUAAUUUAAGAUA